ACUGACCGUUAGUAAUCAUCCUCAGUCUUGGUUUGUCUUCUUUUCGCGCAGGUCUUCUUCUUAACCGACGUCCUGAAAAAUCGCGAACUUAAUCAGUAAUUACAAAACGUUGCAAUUUUUAAUAAACUGUUUUUGCUCCCUAAAAUCAAAAAAAAAAAAUUAAACAAAUGAAAAUGCUUCUGUACAAAAUAAACAAAAGACUUGUAUCAGAAAAUUUCAAUCCCUAAGAAUAAAAAUUAAGUGACAAAAAAAAAGUAAAAGAAUGGAGACGACAACGGAAUCGUUUUUUCACAAUUUGACCGAAGAAGUAUCUUCAACAUUUCCACCGAUUUCGACGAUAGACGCGGUAUCUCAAACUUUGGUAUCACGCCGCGAUUCACUUUAUAUCGUAGUACCAGUAACGAUAAUAUAUUUGGUGAUAUUCAUUGCCGGAAUCAUCGGAAAUGUGAGCACAUGUAUCGUGAUUUAUCGGAUCAAGUCAAUGCACACUGCGACAAAUUAUUACUUGUUCAGUUUGGCAGUUUCGGAUCUUGUGUUUCUGAUUUUCGGACUGCCUCCCGAAAUUUACCUAGUGUGGUCCAAGUACCCUUACAUUUUUGGGGAAUGGUUUUGUAUUGUUCGCGGGCUAGUUGCAGAAUGUUCAACAUACGCGAGUGUCUUAACAAUCACGGCUUUUACUAUCGAACGAUACAUCGCAAUUUGCCACCCCUUUUUAUCUCAUACGAUGUCCAAGUUGUCGCGUGUUGUCAAAAUGAUCCUGAUGAUUUGGGUGGUCGCGAUUUGCUUUGCGUUGCCUUUAGCUCUGCAGUAUGGAGUUAUCGAAGCUACGCAUAUCAGUCCUGAUAUGGUUAUUUGCACACUGAAAAACCCCUACCUUCAGCACUCGUUUGAGCUUGCGACUCUUCUGUUUUUCAUCAUACCAAUGAUUCUUAUCACAAUUCUUUACUCGAUGAUUGGGCUAAAGCUCAGGAAAUCGAGGAUGAUGAAGAAAAGGAACAUUAGAAAUCAGGGAACGCGCAGUGCUCAGGAGAGCAGAAAGUCUAAGUGGGAUAAUCGCAACACUGGAAAAUCUUCUAGGCGGGUUGUUAAAAUGCUUGUAGCUGUAGUCAUUGCGUUUUUCAUAUGCUGGGCACCGUUCCACGUUCAACGUCUGAUUGCAAUCUACGGCACAGGCAACGAUCGGGUUACAUCAAAAAGUAAAGCUAUGAUACUGCUCUACAAUAUUUUCACGUAUUUGUCCGGUGUAUUGUACUAUGUAUCGACUACCAUCAACCCUAUUCUCUACAACAUUAUGUCCAACAAAUUUCGCGAAGCUUUCAAGGAAACAUUAGCCAAGAGUUGUGGUUCAAGAUCGUCAGGUAACUUGGAGCAAAGAUCAUAUUCAAGUUUAUCACGUUCGCAGCAGAGGACAUUAGGCGGUGGAAAUUUUGGCUCACGCACAACCGCCGGUACAGGAAUCGGUACUGGAGUCGGGCAAGACAGUUCCGAGGGUUCUGGCAACUCAAUACGUGACGAGAAUAACCUGAGGAUGCAAACAAUAAUAACGCCGGUGGAUAAUAAACCCAGUGAUAUAAUGCCGGUUAAUUUACCGUCCCAGCGGCACAGUGAUGACAAUUACUUGAUAUUUAACAAAAAAAUUAGCAAAAAGUAUUCAACUGAAUCUGGUAACACCGAGUUAACGGUUAUCGAGAGCAAAAAUGAUUGCAACGACGAUGAUUUUGAUAGUGAGAUUAAUGACCAAAAUAAAAAAAAUACUAGCCGAGUAAUUAACGGUGACAUGUGUCAUCAGCGAAGACUCGCCGAUUCUAAUGAUGAUCAUGAUGUAAGUAAGCGACAAGGGCGCGGUAAUAACAAAUCAAAGUACUUUGGACUGAGAAUAAACAAUGACAAAAAGUGGUGGAGGUUUUUUAAGUGGCUACCAGCUGGUAGUGUUUUUAAAUUCACUAAGAACUCGAGACAAAAUCCCGGUGAAUCCACUGUCAGUGACAUUGAGAGUAAUCGCGAAGAGUACUCUAUGACAACUUGUUAUAUUGCCGGCGAGCAUAGACUUGUUUAGGAAAAAAGAGAUUUUUUUUCUUUGAAGAAUUAAUCGUAAAAAAUUUUUUGUAAAUUAGAUGUCAAGAACAGUUCAUGCAAGAGAGGCGAUUUUUUAUUUAGUUCAUUUGCUAUAUCCAUUUAAAGUAGUACCACAUAUACCACAAUUAUCAAAUGUUCUACAUGAAGCCUUAUUUGAUUUACGUAGUUGAUUUUUCUAUGCAAAGUCACAUUCGAGAAAGAGAGACAGAGAUCAUUUUUGAAAGUUUUUUUAUUAAUUAUUACUAUCAUAUGCUCUGAAUCUGUACUUUUAAUAACAGAAGUAAUUCAAUGUGUUAUUUCUUUUCAUCCCGUGAAUUUUUAUUGAAAUCUAACCGUUACUUUUUGUAAAAUAAAAUGAAAACUGUAUUACUUAUAAGACUUAAGGGGUUACAUGGAUUUAGAAGCUUUAAAAAAUCGGUUUUUCAUCUUAUUAAAUUCUACAACAUGUCUAGAAUAUUGUCCUAAAUUUUCAAGUCAAUCGAAGUAAGGUUUUAAGAGAUGGAUCCUUGAGAAAUUAAAGUCAGUUUUACCUAGCGUUCAAAACUUUAAACGCGUUUAUCUCGAAACGCUGGUUUCAAAGUCGGAUGUCAAGAUUUCUCGAAAUCUACCAAACCGAUCUUGAUGAAAUUUCAAACGCGUCUUCGAGAUAAUUUU